UUUGGUUUAUUUAUUAGAUUUUUGUAUUAUUUAUUAGAAUUUUUAAAAAUACUUUUUCUUUACCUUUUACAAUAACUACUACGCUGAGGAUAGCCCAUAUAAAUUCCUAAUAGGCUAACCCGAGUGACUUAACCUAAGAAAAAUGAUUGCUCGCGUAACCUUUCUUUCAUUACUUACCUUCCUUUUAAGAACCAUCACGAUUUAACAUCAAAAAGGACAUUGAGGAGAAGGGUUCGAAGACGACAAAAUAUUCAAGAGAGAAUUGCAGCUAAGCGGAACUUAGAGGCAUCUAUAGAUAGUGAGGGAACAUUAGAAAAGGAGCAGAAAGUGGUCGAAGAACCACCAGUAAAAAUAAAUAAAGAAGAUACAGAAGAAGUGGAAAAUACAUUAAGGUUCUUGGCCGAUAAUUUAGACGUUUUCACGAACAAUAUAAUUGUAAAGUAAGGUACAUUUAAAUGAUAAAUAUAUACUUAAAAACAUUAGUAACAUAAUUCCGAAUCACCACCUAUUGUAAUACCAAUGAUUUCUUACCCCUAUAACCCUUAUCCCAACCGGAACACGUGACUUUAUCCAGAAUCUACGUGUAACCCAAACCCUAAUUAUCAAUAAUUAUCACAACAAUUAUCAUAAAUAUAUUAAACAUCUAAAUCCCCCUUAGAACAACUGCUCUAAAUAUACCCACUAAGACAUUGAAUUACAGAGACAGCCAAUUUCAAUACUUGUCUCUAAAAUAAAACCGAUGACAAUAACAAAAAAUAAUUCCCGCGGAAAAUGAUAGAAAAACUCACCUUGAGAAUUACCUAACUCUUUUCGCGGAGACUAAAGAAGCUCUGACACGUAAAUAGAACAAUAGACCAUUGAAAACUUACAACGAUAGAACAAUGGAAUUUCUAAAAACAGAAGUUUUACAUUUUUAUGUGCACACGUUUCGUUCGUAUCAGAUAUCUGCUAACAAGCGAAGAAAAAGCAACUUUGGCGUUCAGAAAUAUAUUUUUUCACGUUUAUUUAAUAAAAAAAUCUACAUUAACGACAACACGAACAAUGGCAUCGAAUAAUUACAUAAAUAUAUACCCUACUACAACACCCAGCAACACGAGUCCAAACACACCGGAAGACAUAUUCCUUACACAAGACGUGUUCCGAAAUCAAGAAGUUCUCGCGACCGUAGAUAAAUUAGAAUUAGAAAUACUAAGGCACAGUACCACCCUGGAACCCGAAGACAAAAAAGAAGGAGACACAACACAAAAAGACGAAGAACUAAGUGACAGCCAAAUGCUAGAAACGGUAGGUUUAGUUCAAACCUUUACACCAAAAACAUCUUAAAAACUAUUAAUUAUCCCCCUCAUACCCAACCCCCUAGGGUCCGACUCCGUUAUCUGAAAAUUGUUGUGUUUAUAUAUGUAUGUACUUCAUUUAUGUAUAUCAUUUGUGCGUGUUUGCAUGCAUAUAUGCAUGCUUCUGUAUAUGCGGACAUGUGGGGAUGUAUGUGUUUGCAUGCAUAUAUGCACACCCUACCCUGUUACCCUCCUAGUAUGUAUAGACCUCUGUUUUAUACAUGGUAGUGUUCAUACAGAUAUAUUUGUAUGUGCAUAUACAUGUGCACAUACAUUUAUAUUUGGAUUCAUACUCUUGCACCCAACCCCCUCUAUUUCACUCUAUUUCACUCCGUUACCUGAUUUAUCUGUUUUAUGCAUAGUUGUACUCACACAAGUAUGUGUACUUGCGUGUGCAUGUGUUUGCGUGUUUAUAUGCGCAUAUGCGUGUGCAUGUAUGUGGACGUGUGUUUAUGCAUUAGGUGUGUAUACAUGUAUAUGUAGAAUUGUGUUCUUAUAUGGGUGUUUAGGCUGGUUUAGGCAUACUUCUAUGCCUAAACCAGCUCUCCCGUACCCAACCCCCUAAGAUUCUAAAUCAACUCUCACAGUAUUAUAUAAUUGCGUGAGAACAUAUUAUAAUGAUCUACACUAUUCUGUAUGAUCUUAUAAUGCUCGAUACGCACACCAGAUGAAAUGGGAGACUCCUCGGGUAUGAGUUCAUCACAUAUCUAAACCUCACGUGGUAACUAAGCUGUAGGCCAUGGAGUUGUUUUAGUACUUUAACUUCUUCGAAACAAGCUUAGACAUUCCGACAUGGCCCUGACGAGAUGAAGGUUUGUCACAUGCCACAACUUUCGACCAUUAUGAUGACCUCAACCCCGAACUCCACUCGCGCAGCACCUUCCCCUCAACUUGUUUUACUUUUAUACUACAAUAAUUUGUACUACUAAUUUACUACUAAUUUAUUACCUCCAAUUUACGAUGGUAAUCACUAAAGCUUUAUAGCAUACAUACUAUGCAUAUCGGAUAUAUUAUACACGAUAUAUAUAAUAUUCUAGAUAUACAUAAGUCUCUCUAUAAAUAAUAUAAGAAACUUAUUGGUUUACCUAACAAGCAUCAUACUGCCCCGAACCAACACCACUGAGCCAAACUGUGUUGCUAUAAUUGUACUGCACCCCGCACAUAGUUCUUACAAAAAUAGCAACAAACUCCACACUCUCAUAUGUUCUAUCAACAUAUGUUAAAACAUAUCUUAUAAAGUGCUUUUAACAAAGAUUACGAUCACAAAGAACAUAAUAACAUCAAAAUUAAAUAAGACGGAAAAUUAAAAUAUUUACGAAAAUACAGAUUCAUACAAAGAAAGACAUUAAUUCACAUAUUAAACUUGAACAUUUAGAACACCACAAACACAAAGCACAAUAAUUAACACAAACUUACAGAACACUGAAACAACACUUACUUAAACCUAACUUAAAGAACACUUACUUAACUCUAACUUAACUAGUGAAUAAUACUCCCCUCUUUAACACCACCUCUUAAUACUGGACAUCUGUCCAAAUAUUAUAAUUUAUCUAGCACUCCCUUGCACUUAUAUAAUAUAUUUCUUUCUUCUCUUAAGACUCUUACGGCCUGAUGGUUCCAUAUCAGUGGUGGAACUUUAAUAGCUUCCACUGCGAAACAAUAGCAGAUUUAAUCCCUCUCCUGUCCCACUAGUGGGAACGGGAUGCGGAACUUGGGCAACAACUUCUUCGGACAAAUAACUUUAUACACAUCUUGCACUUUUUGUAUCUUAUUUUACACCAUCUUUUUACACUCUUUCUCAACUUUCUAAUUCAACUCUUUUAUGAAAACCAGACUUACGUAAAACCCAAACGAAACUUAUAACACAAAAGGAACCACUAAAAUUACAAGAUAGCUAUGACACUUAAUACUACUACGGGACACUAAUAAGUACACCUAAUACUACCACGAACACUAAACACCUUAUACAAACAUCUAAAACACUAAUAACAUUUAAAACUACCACCACGAACACGACACUAAUAACACGAUAUUAGUAAUGCCAUUAAUUACAUAUCUUUCACCUUAGCUCAUAUCACUGGCAGAAGGAAAUCGUAACUUAUACACAACUAGCAACAGCCAUAGAAACUUCAAACCCCUCUCUUACAAAAAAUUAUUCAUGUCACAAUGGGCCGGAAAACUAAACGCAAACUACAACAAACAACUUAAAGAAAAGAUUAACAUCACUAGAACCAAUAUGCAAAACAAAACAAUUACGAACAUCUCAGGCACCCAAUUAACAAAAAAUGAACUUACUAUACUAAAUAAAGGACUUAAAUUUAUCUACUCCCCACAGGAACCUGACUUUGAUCUAUAUACGAAACAAAUAAAAAAAUUUAAACGGCAUAUUUACUGUAAAAUGUUUUUUAAUAAACAAAACCCAACAUCGCAAAACCCAACGAAAAAAGACCGCACGCUCAAACGACCCAACCCUAAUUGGAACCCCCUUGCAGAUAAAAACAUGAAACUCAAAAGAUACAUGACCAUAAUAGACAGAGAGACGGAAAGAAUCAUGAAAGACCCAACCUACACAAAUGCAAAUAACACCACAAUCAAUGAAAGGAAAGCUCUGUAUAAACUAAGAAGAAACAAAUCCAUAACAAUCAAGAAGACAGAUAAGGGCGGUGGUAUAUGCAUAUUAGAUAAGAAAACAUAUGAAGAAAAAAUUUUACAACUUUUGGAAGACAAAAACACAUACGACGAACUACCAAACGACACAACAGAAAUGGUAACAGACAAAAUAAUAAACGAAAUUAUUAUGAUGAGGAAUGCACGAGCAAUCCCCGAGAAAGUAGCCAACUUCAUACUACCCAACACACCGAGUCGCACUCCCCUAUUUUACGGACUACCCAAAAUACACAAACAAGGAACACCACUACGACCGAUAGUUUCUGGGUGCGAUGGACCGACUGAUAACCUCUCUGAAUAUGUGGUAAAGUACCUGCAACCUAUGGCAGAAACACUUCCCGCAUACUUCAGGGACACCACUCACUUGCUUAGAUUACUAUCUAACAUCAACUCCCCCGAGAGCCCGAUAACACUGAUAACUGCCGACGUAACAUCGCUAUACACUAACAUACCACACAAUGACGGCAUCCAAACUAUCAAAAACUUUAUAACCGAACAUUUACAUACCAUCAAAUUCCCUCCCGAACUACCACCCAUCAUACCGACUAGACAUUUUUGCCACCUUAUUGAACUGAUACUUAAGAACAGCUCGUUUAUAUUUGGCGACAGGGCGUUCCGCCAGAAAUUUGGCACCUCCAUGGGUGCCAGAAUGGCACCGCCCUACGCCAACAUAUUCAUGAGUACUUUUGACAAAACAAUACACAACAAAUUUAAAAACAGUAUUUUACUGUACAAAAGAUUCAUCGACGACAUACUGAUCAUAUUCACGGGCACUACACAACAAACGGAAGAACUUACCACAUACGCCAACACCCUACAUAACGACAUCAAAUUUACAUUCAACACCUCCAAUGACAAGAUCAACUUCAUGGACAUCACUCUACAAAUAAACAAAAAUAACAACACACUCACCUCAAAACUUUACAGAAAACCUACAGACACCCUGUCCCUCCUAAACUUUCACUCAAACCAUCCCAGACACCAAAAAAUAGGCAUCAUCUACAGUCAAGCACUACGACUCAACAGACUCAUCUCCGAUGAAGACGAACUAAACAAAGAACUCAAGAACCUUACAAUUACACUCGUCACUAAAAACUACCCACUUAACGUCAUUAACCACCACAUCUCCAGAGCCUUACUUAAAACCCAAACGGAACUAAUAACCCAAUCGAAACCACUAAAAUUACAAGACAACGAUGACACCACAUCCAAUCAAAUCCCCAUCAUACUCCCCAACGACAACAUAGGGAGGGAACUAGCACAAAUGAUCACAAAACACUGGGCUAUUAUCAAAAACGACCCUGACCUAAACACAAUACUGAAACCUGCACUACUUAAAGUACUAUCCAACCACAAAUCAUUAAACGACCUACUUAUAUCUACAAGACACAAAGCUUAAACACACACAAAACUACAAACAAACGACCACUACCACCACCAUCCAAGUACGACACAACCAUGACUGCUCCCCAUAACCUGACCAAGACACAAUGAAUGAGAGGAAUACAACUGUACAUGAAAUGACAGAAUAAUACAUCAACAGGAAAAAUCUGAAUAUAUUUACUUUGCGAAUAAAGGUUUUUUAAAAAAAACAUCAACUAGAAAUACACCCACAUAAAAUACUUGUAAACAUAAUUUACUUGUAAAUAGAAAUACUUAUACCAGACCAUUGUAUUUAGUUAUAAUAAUACAGACACCUAAAUCAUACACAUCUUCCUACCUCAAUACAUCCCCUAAUAACACUAAUGUUAAUAAUCCCCAUAAUCCCCUCCUUCAUUAACAAAUGAUUACAAAUCAUUACAAAAAUGAUCACCACGACCAAACAUAAUAGAAACGAAUAUCCUAAAUUAUAAACGUAAAUAUGACUUAACUAUUGAUCCUGAUAUAAAAACAUAACAGAUGUUUUGAACACAAUGAAUACAUUGCACAUAAGAAAUAUAAUCGGCUAUCCAACUGUCUCUUCGACUCUAGGAAGGUGUAUUAAACUAAAUCUGCGAUAUCCCACCUAUCUUACAAACAGAUAAAACAACUAAGUUUAUCGCGCGUGACAGCAGCUAUUGUACUAAAAAACUAAUACAAAUACAACCUAAAGAAAAAUUACUAAAAACUUCAUAAAUGAAAAUACUAAUAAAAACAAUUUGAUUCAUUUUUAAUUAGAAAAACUUUAUUAUUAACACUAACGCAAGUAAAACCUAAAGUAUAAUUAUUUUGUUAAAUCCAUAUAUGAAAAAAUUUGUUAGCAAAUAUGCUUCGCGCAGUUUAAACCUUUAUCGCCUAAAAAACAUUUAUGCUGCUAACUAAUUUUCAAAAAAUCUAAAAAGUGUAUAUAUUGUUAAUGUAAAUUCCAAGUAUUGAUUAUUUAAGAACAAAGAAUGACUUAUUUAUAUUAAUAUCAUUCUAUUUUUAUAAAAAAGAAUGAUGGAACAGACAGAGUGGGGUUGAUCGGCAAUAACAAUUGUCGCUGACAGGUUAACGAUUUAAGGAGGUCGGAUUUCUGACUGGCCCUUCGCUAGCUGAUUCAGUGACCCUUCUUCGUUGCUCUCCAUCUCACAAGUCUAGUUUCAUGAUAUUUUUGAAAUUUAACGGUGAUCCUGCAUCGUUGAGGUAUCAGCAUAGAAGCCUAGUUGCCAAUAAGUUAACGAUUUGAGGAGGUCGGUUCUCCGACCUUCGUUGGCUGAUGUGGCGACCCUCUCUCUAUGUUUUUAUCUUAACUUUCAAGAUCCAGCUAAAACAAUGAGCAGCCCAAACACAUAAAUAUUU